AUGACCAAAAAUAUUGGCCCAUGGGCUUUGAUUGCGAUUGCUUUCAACGUUUGCAAUAGCUGGGCCGGGCUGACCGGAACCCUCAACAUCUCUCUCUUUCAAGGAGGUCCUGUCGCUCUGGUUUACGGGCUUCUUUUAAGCUCUAGCCUCUAUGGCUGCAUAGCUCUAACGUUAGCAGAGCUGGCCAGUGUAUACCCUACUGCAGGAGGGCAGUAUCACUUUGUCUCUAUACUUGCCCCAAGCAAGUUCUACAGAAGCUUGUCGUAUGCUUGCGGCAUGAUUACAAACUUUUCAUGGAUUGCCACUGGUGCAGCUGUCAACAUGAUUUUUAGCGAGGAGCUUAUGACAUUGAUCAUGUUUUAUCAUCCAGAUUUCAUCCCACACCCAUGGCACCAGUUCCUGUUUUACCAGUCUUUUGGCUUGAUUAUAUUCAUUUAUAAUCUACUGGCCUUGAAAAAGCUUCCAGUUACACAUUUCAUUGGAUUCUUUCUUUGCAUUUCUGUCUUUUUUGGCUCGUUCCUCGCUAUUCUUAUCCUAUCCUCACCAAAAGCAUCUUCACAAUUCGUUUGGACUACAUUCAUCAACCAAACAGGUUGGCCCGAUGGAGUUUGCUUCAUUACCAGCCUACUCACUCCAUGUUUUAUCUAUUCGGGCCUUGAUGCUGCUUUACAUCUUGCAGAGGAAGUGCCUAAUCCACGGGUUGCCGUCCCGCAGGCUUGUUUAAGCGCGGUCGGUAUUGGAUUUUUGACAUCGUUUGCGUAUCUUAUCGCAGUUCUAUACACCAUCGUGGAUUUAGACUCCAUCCGGGCUUUCGAUGGAUUCUUGCCGUUUGAGCUAAGUCGGCAAUCACUCCGUUCGGAUGCCGGAGCAGUCGCCGUUCUCAUAUUGAGUAUUGGCAUGACGUUCUUCAUUCUGAAUGCGGUGCUCCAAACAGCUUCCCGGUUAAUAUGGGCAUUGGCAAAAGAUAAUGCACUCAUGUUCUCCAAUGUCAUUCAGAAAGUGCACCCUCGUCUUGACGUUCCUAUUUCAUCACUCAUAUUUAACACAGCAUCAAUGGCCCUGUGUGGAUGCAUCUAUCUGGCAUCUUCUACCGCCUUCAACGCGAUAAUAGGCUCUUGCGUCGUUCUUCAACAAUUGUCCUACUUAAUGCCCACAAUACUUCUCAUCUACCGCCAAAGGUCUGAAGAGUUCUUACCUCGAGAUAGAACUUUCCGCCUACGAGGGUGGAUUGGUUGGCUCGUGAAUAUUUGGGUAAUAGUCGUGAUUUCAACGUCAAUGGCCUUCUUCUUCCUGCCACCAUUUCUGCCGGUGUCCGCUAGUACAAUGAACUAUAAUUAUGUUAUAAUAUUGGUUGUCUUUUUGUUAAGCUCUGCGAAUUGGUUUCUCCACGCAAACCGCCACUACCAUGGUCCUCGAGUCAUCUUCUGUAGCUGA